CGAGAAAAUGACAUAAAAUUGUACAGACCUAGCUAAAGUACAAUUUCUAUCCAGUUAUCCUGUAGUUGCUAUAAUAGUGCGCAUGCGUUAUGGCACAGCAUGAUGCUGCAAACAGACCCCGUGCAUUCUCCUGACAAGAAACGACCCCGUGGAUUUUGGCUGCGUAGUCUUGACAACUGGAAAACAAAGAGAUAUCACAGUCCUGGACAUGGAAGUUUGGAUUGUAGACGGUUUGAUUGGCUUCUUGCAAUCUCCUGGAUGGACAUCUCCUAUCAAUAAUUUUAUUGAUAAGAACUGUGUUGUGUUCAAUCCAGGAGAUGAGGACAAGUUCGUCUACGUCGACAUUCACAAUCACUACAACACGUUGGUCGAUCAACUGCUUAGUAAGUUCACAGCUGAGCUUGGAAUCACAGCGGAGCAGUUGGGACACGCCUGUGUGCAGAGUCAAACCUUGGGGGCAUUAUAUCAAAAGCCAUUGGAGCAAGUGUUAGCAGCUGAGAAUGUUGUGCUAUUUAACUCUCUAAUGGUGCAAAGAAAUAUUGAUCUCGAAUUCCAAGCACUUGAACUUCUUAAAACCCAGCUUGGACAUGCCCCGGAUGCUUACGACCCAAAUUUGCUUCCACCCACUGCUCCUCUUGAUAAAAAUCUAAGCAACGAAGAAGAAAUAAUUCAACAAGCCUUGAAAGAGUCAAAGAGAGAAUUUGAAGCCCAAAAAUCUCUAGAUGAAGAAGAGAUGGAGAAGCUGAUCAAUAUUGCCACCAAUGAGAGCUUGAGGCUUUUGAAAGCAUCUGAGAAAGAGAAGCAGUUGAAAUUUGAAACUUCUUUCGACAAGAAGAAAAGUACUCUAGAGAAGCAAUCAGUUAAAACUUCACCGAAAACAACACAACAAGCACCUUUAGUUUCCAUGUCCCCAGAUUCUGAGAAAGAAAAGCAGCCGAAAUUUGAAACUUCUUUCGAUAAGAAGAAAACUACCCUAGAGAAGCAAUCAGUCAAAACUUCACUGAAAACAACACAACAAGCACCUUUAGUUUCCAUGUCCCCAAUGCAUGCAGUGUCCACUUCCACAUCAGAGGCAGCCUCUAUGUGGUUACGAAGUGCCAAAAAUGAGUACGAGCAGGCCGAGGAACAACAAAAAGUUUCAGUACAAUUACCUUCUGAUCUUAAAAGCAGGGAGGCAUAUCUCAAACGGCAACGUGAUCACUUACUUAAAAUUAAGCGGCAAGCUAGAGCCAGGGACCUGGAUUCCUACAACACAACUAAGAAAAAAACACCUCCAAUGUCUCGCCCAGCAACACACACUUCUGACCAAAGUGCUGGAUCUGUUGUCAAGCCAAUAGAACAUGCUAUAAAGGAGAAGAAAGUUCACACAGGAGUGCUAUGCAAUGUCAUAGCACGAAAAAUGAAAGAAUACCAACAUUGACUGUAGGACAAUCCAUUCAACUCCAUAGACCAUUAUAAUUAUAAUUAUAAUUAUGAUUGAUGUAUUAAAAUUAUUGAAAAACUAAAACUUUUGACAUUCCA